AUGGCCAUCCACGAAGACUUCCCUGGGCUGAAAGUCGAAGUGAUCAUCAACAGCAAAGCACUACCAGAAAAUUUUGACGAAGAAAGCCAGGUUGAUCCAGAUGAAGUCGUCAGAUUCGUUGAGGCCGAGGCUGGUGCCGAGUUUGCGAUCAAGUGGUCUUUCGACAAACACUUCCCAAAGAGCAAGGAUAUCGGUCUCAACAUCUCUCACUCAGAUCCCUCGCCCAAGCAGCCCAACCCAUCCCCCGGAGCUUCUCCUUUGCUACAGCAGAGCUCAGUCUUUGUCAUCAGCACCAGUGCAGAUGGUCUGACUCGUGAAGAGAUGAUAGGACUCAUCAAGCAGUACCACGGUAAUGAUGAUGGCCUCGCUAGCUACAGCACAAAGCAUCUGCAGAUGCUGCUCAAGUUCUACGAAGACCAGGACACAGAGACUGCAUCGUGCAAGAUCAAAUCGGUAUUCACGGGCCAUAAUGACGGUCGUUUCAAGCGAGGGCGUGAGGAUGGCGCGUAUGUAACUGGGGGACGGAAGCGCAGCAGGACUGAGGCCAUCGUGCUUGACGAUUAA